ACUUUCCAGAACGUUGUUUGUAUGCCGUACAAUAGGAAAUGCUACAUCUAUUUGUAAAACUUCCAUAUCUGUCAAAGGAGUCAGUUCAUGAUGUUUUGAUCAGAUGUUUGUGUCUGUCGAAUUUAUCCGAAGGUCAGCGAGGGCAAAAUCAUGUCGAACAUGGAUGUCAUCGAUCCUUAUAACAGAACACUAGGAAACUAGUCCCGCGUCUGGGAUGUAUUGGAACUACAGGGCGGAGAUUUCUGCUGGUGAUGAACAUCAUCUUCAUCUUGGUCGGUGUCUUUGUGACAACAUCUGGCAUUCUUCUGAAAACACACGAAACAGCUUUACUCCACGACGCACUGCUCAAAGAGGUCAAGGCCGCAGCUACCUCUUCCGGUUUAACAGGAACUGACCUUUCAACCUUUGACAUGGGUGGUAUAAUAGAUAGCGCUGCGAUAGGGUGUAUCUCUAUUGGUGUCGCAGUCUGUGUCAUAGCAAUGUUUGGAGUGCACGGGAUAAAAUCCAAAAAUGAAACCAUACUCAUUGCGUACGCAUCGGUAAUUGGGAUUUUGGUUGUUACGGAGAUGGUGUUUCUAAUUGUCGUCUAUAAACUGAGAAUGAAGGUGGACGAGUCCUUGAAAACUCCACUGCGAGAUCUGAUCCAUAAAAAGUACGCAGGCUUCAACGGAAGUGACGUAGUUUCUGUUACGUAUAACUACAUUAUGAUAAAGCUUUCCUGUUGCGGUGUAGACGGGUUUAGUGAUUUCACCAGAGCCAAAAAAUGGCCCAAAGCUAUUCGAUUAGACGGUAACAUUUCCAUUCCUCUAUUGACGCCAGUGGCUUGCUGUAAGUCGGAAGUCAUGAAAAGGAACAACUACGCAUGCGCAGCUAAUCCAACAAAUCUUAAUUCUAAUUAUCGUCAGGGAUGUUACAAUUCAUUCUGGGAGGAAGUUUACAAACACAACCCGCUCAUCAUCUCUUGCGCCACAGGUGUAGUCCUAUUCGAGCUUCUCCUAAUCUUUUUCGCCUGUUGGGUAGCACACAAGACAAUAAUCAUUCGCAAAAAGAAACUGAGACGACAAAUUCAAAACCCCGAGGAUGUAAUAGAUGACGUCAACAUCGCUGGGGAGGAGGUCAGGGACAGGUCGGUGUCUGUGAUAUCGACGAGCCGCGCAUCCAUAACCGGAAGUAACCUGUCCGUGAGACGAGACUCCGACGGAAGCGUGCAUGUAUUUCCGGAAGCGGUGAAUAGAAUAAGUGACAGCAUCCAUUCUCUCAUAGAACCACCACCGUACACUUCUACGUCUCGUCUUCCUCAUCUCGCGCCCACGUGUAUGAACUUUCCCAUGAUGCAGCCAGUCAUUGCUCCAUAUACGUCAUUUCCUUUCGGAACAUGUGGUGUUCAGAGCCAGGGACAUAAUAGAUGCUCUUGCAUGUUUCAAGGCCAUUUGGAAUGCAUCUGUCAGCGACGCCGGAGCAGUGGUUGCUGCAACCAUGACCAAAUAAGGUUUGCGUGUUGUCACCAUAACGACCAGCGGCACAACUCCUCCGCGUGUCCAUGCGAGCACAAUGAGCUAAGUUGUCUAGAACAAAGACAAACACAUGAGAAGUCACUUUGUUCCAACGAUAAUCUCCUACCACCGUACAUCGGAAAUUACAAUGUUGUUUGUUCAUCUUAUAAUCCGGGUUCCUCUUCCGGUUCCGGAUCCGAUUCUAUAACAGAUAAAGCCAAAACCGGAAAUGAACCAUGCGUUAGCAGCAGGACAGAUAGCAACGAUCUGCAGAAACUACCACCCGAGCUUGCAAAUGAUUAUAGGAACAAUGGUGUCGCAUCCAAUGCCACUUCCGGUGAAGAACAACCAACGAGGACGAACCAGAGUACGGCAACUGACACAAAGUCAACCCGCACUGAGGACAAUAGUUCACACCAGGAGGCGCUCAUAUCGUCACAGACAUGCGGAGUGGAUAACGACGGGGAUGCAGUAACAUGUUUACCGCGCGGGAUGCAGCGGAAGCGAUCUUUAUUCAACCGACGGUCAUUAUCCGGACCCUGUACGAAGUUAAAAGAAGAUACGCCAAGGAGUUUGUUCAUGCGCACCCAGAGUUUUGAGGAAGAAUAUUACUCGUAAAUAUGCACGUAUAAAACGCAUCCUAUUCUGGCCUAUUAGCAAAUCUAGUAAUAUCGCUCCUUCGAACUCAGGUCGACAAACAAUAUAUUUUCGUCGCGAUCACGCCCCCAUCGUCUCGCUUGAAGCCACAACACGUGGUUAGGGAGCGAGAUUACAAUGGGGAUAGAGCAAUAAUAUAUUGAUGUUUGACUCGUUCCAUCGAUCACAGUCGUGUUGUCGGUCCGUCAUUCUGUCGAGCUAAGACGAGGGGGCGAGGACUACGAGUUUGUGAGAUUACGCGAAGCGGUCACCAUAACAACCGUCUGACGUGUUCGUCAGUUUAGAUAUGUGAUCAAUUUAAAUAGUGACAAGAAUUACGUAGAUACAUGUAUAAACAUAAGAGUAUACACUAAUGUUUACGUCACCUGUAAUCACGUGUGUACUACGGUCACGUUAUGCGGGAUUUAUAUUUAAAUCACUAAUUCAUAUCACUACGCGCAUGGAAGGGUUUUCUGUUAAAAUACAUUUAUAUGUAGCUAAUAUCAAUAACUAUCUUACUAUGUUUGUAAUUAUUUGUUUCUACCACACCGCGAUGGGGUCCUUUAUAGCACGGGCGUCUCAUUAAGGUUAGUAUUCCAACAAGGUGUAACACUCGAAAAACCGGAAGUUGGGGUGAGCUUCGAUUCACUUUGAAUUUAAGUUCAAAUUGAUGGACAACUCUAUAAACAAUACUAACUAUAAUUUUCGAUUAAGUCUACUUCCGUUCCACCGUCGAUGCAUCGUAGAUCUUCAAGUGUUUACGAAAGAUAAAAUAAUUUGAACUUGUGUAUAAUGAUUAUGAUUGGAUUAAAAGGUGACGGAGUGAUGUGUUAAAGUUAAUGAUUUCGGAAAGGCGGUACAUAGCGUUUGCCGGCAUCGGCGUCAAACAAUGUUAAGGUGUUGCGUUUGGCUGUUUCUGACAAAGCUAGACCAACAAAACCUCAAUCAUAGAUGUAGCAUGGGUAGUAGAGCCCACUUCACUAAAAACAUUUAAUGGAUUUCUGCAGGCCGGUGGUUUUUCUCCGGAUACUUCGGCUUUCCUUCACCUUCAAAACCAGACACGUUCUUAAAUGGCCCUGGCUGUUAAUAGGACGUUAAACAAUAUAAAACAAGCAAACAAAGUAUUUGCCAUUGUCUACUGUGUGAAGCCACCUUAAUGUCUUCGUGUAUAAUAUUCUUUACAUGUAAUGCAUUUUACAUGUAUACCUGUUUGUCUAUGCAUGUUAUGGCACGUGACCUGAGACUGACCAAUCACUGGCCUGAAACGACUGUUGACUCUGGACACCUGUACCUCUACACACCGAGACCGACCACUCACUGGCCUGAAACGGCUAUUGACUAGGGACACCUGUACCUCUACACACCGAGACUGACCACUCACUGGCCUGAAACGGCUAUUGACUCGGGACAUCUGUACCUCUACACAUUGAGACUGACCACUCACUGGCCUGAAACGAAUAUUGACUCGGGACAUCUGUACCUCUACACACGCUCGGACAGACCAACUUCGGACGUUUGCAGGACAGGUCUUAUUCUCAUUUUGGCUGAAUAUAGAUUUAACCAAAGCACUAUACCAUAGCUGUAGGGUACGUCCAGUAUUUUACAUGUCGGGUCAAUUAUUCUUCUUUUGAAUUUAUUUAGUAUCAUAUAUUUAUAACUUUAAUUGCGUUGAAUAGUUUAAGUUUUUUCAACAAAGAUUAAAGUAUCCUGUAAUUUAAAGUAAAGUUGAAUUAGAAUACAUUGUAUGUUGUUGUACUCAGGCGAUACGCAUACAAGUUAGGAUAUUUAAUGUCGGAAGUCUAUUACUCAUUUUCUUAUAAGAGUUGUUUCCCUUCCCUUAAGUGUCCUCGGUGUGUGUCCGUGAUUGAAAGUGAUAAGUUUAUAUUAAUGUGUAUGUUUUCUAUAGAGGAUUUCAUUCUAUAUAUUUCUGACAGAUACAAGAAAUAAACAGGUCGAGAGAGCCUUCA